UAGCGCUGAGAAAAACCCAUACAUUAUACGGUAGAAAAACAAAGACAACUCGAGGGAAAGAGAAGGGCAGGGCGCGUACUCGAAAACCAGAAUAGCUCUGGUCAAACACGCGCUGAUUUUGCGCGCCAGUUGGCUUCCUCAUCUAGAGGGAAAGAAUAAGAGGCGUACCAACACAUGCUCGAGCCGACUACAAUCAAUAAUUAACAGCAACAAAACCAGCAACGUGAAUCAAGGGUGGAUGAAAAGCAUUAUAGCUCACUUUGGGUUUUACUCGAACGAGAAAAAUACUCGUCCCGUUUCACACGUUGUGUUAGCGCGGUGGGGGAAUAAACGAGAGAAAAUACGCCAAAUACUGAUAACUUGGUGAACCUGUCGCCUUGUUAAUAUAUGAGUAGUUAACAGACACAAGGCCUAUAUAUGUGUGUAAAACAUACGCAUGAGUUCGUUUUGUCUUUAUUAGGUUGAUGAACGGGGAGAUAGCGCGGGGAUUUUGCGACUUGGAGCCAUCCUGCCGCCACUAGUCAGCUGGCCACUCUGUGCAGACAUUCUGACAGCAGAGCUUGCUUCAAGGAGCGCGAAUAAUCAAAAUCUGUCAGGGAUUUCCGUUGUCUUCAUAAAUAGUGGCUCAAUGAGCGAACAAUAGGCCCCGGAACAAACCACACUAGCGCGUAAGUCGCUGGCAUUAUCAUUACAGCCCUGGCGUAGCACGGCGUAGGUGUUAUAGGCACCACUGAAAUACCAAGAACCCUCUUUUCGUGCGGCGAUCAGUUUAAACAAAUCGUUCGACAAUUUAUUUAGAUUGCGGAUCUUGCCGGAAGUGCGUUGAGAUGGAGCCCUGAUACAAGCUUCCGCUGACCGUACAUACAAGCUGAGCCCGAGUGCAAAGUAAUCCAAAGUCAUAUUGGGAUGCGGUGGAAAUGGCCGGGUUCUGGCUCACUGCUGAUUUGCUGAGUUUUCUCUGGAUAUUUUUGAGUGUUAGAGUGUCCCAAGGCGAAAGAGUAACGUUACUAGAGCUGCCUGACAAGACCAGGUCCGCGUGGAAAUGGGACUGGAGCAAGUUCUCGAACAAAGACGUAUGGACCGCCUUCACCUACCCGUCCGGACCACUGACCGAAAUCCAACAAAUCGCUUGUGACGUAAACCCCAGUGGUCCUCCCAACGCUUGGCUUCGAAGCGAUGAUAUGUCUGUUGAACAUGCGCAGAGACUGGAAGUUAACGUGACCUUCACGGCGCGUAACUGCACGGCGAUCGGCAGCCCGGAGCACUGUCACUACAACUUCGAUAUUUACAUCAUGGAGUCUCAAGACAAGCCCGAGAUCUCGCCCAAUCCUUACCUCGACUCUGAGCUAUUCAAACGGAUUGGAACCCUGAAGCCGACAGUUGUGAAAUACGAUAAAAAUGACCCAGGCGAUAAUCGCAAUUCGGUGUCUGUAGUCCUGGCAAACACGACACAGUACGUGUACUUUGCGCUACAUUAUACUGGAGGUUGUAUCGGCGUCAAGGACUUUAUAGUCAGCUACAAUCAAUGUCCCAAAAUGGCCCUUUCAUCAAGCCUUGUGGAACUCCCGCGUACGGUCUCACCUGCAAAGGGCUCGCAAAAGGUCAAGGGAAAUUGUGUUGCUCAUUCGCAGCCGCUGACCGAUGAGAGCGAGUUGUAUGGUUACUGUCAGUCGAAUGGAGAGUGGAGUCCCGCUAUGUACACAUCGCGGCAUCGAUGCAUGUGUCACGCUGGCUAUCAGGACACCGUGUCUGCUUGUACCGCCUGCCCGCGCGGAACGUACAAACCGUCUGCUGGUAAUGCCACGUGUGUGGCCUGUCCGAGAAACAGCGCCCCUGAGGCGGACCGGACAAGCUGCAGAUGCACCUCGGGUUAUUUUCGGGCGGCCAACGAAAAAAUCACUGCCGACUGCACAGCCCCACCAUCCGCCCCUCAGCACCUAACGACUACCUAUGUCAACGCCACCGAGGUGACUAUGAGCUGGUAUUCACCCGUGAGUUCUGGUGGUCGCUCAGACGUCUCUUACUUGCCAAAGUGUAACGUCUGCAACAAUAACGGCACGAUCUGCACCAGGGACUGCGCGCCGGCCAGGAUCUACAUACGGGACAUUAAUAUCAACGUCACCAUGGCAACUAUCAAGUUCCUGUCUGCGUACACGUAUUACCGGUUUAAGGUGCUGGCGGUGAAUGGAGUGAGCCAUGAAGCGGAGAAGGAUGACAUCAAACCAGAGUUCGCAGAGCUGACAGUCAGGACUAAGGAUUCGAUCCCUGGUCGUCCAGUGAUUACAGACCUAAGGCGUGACCACGCCCAAGUGUUCCUAUCGUGGAAACUAUUAGAAAGCAAUGGCGUCAUCACGCACUUCGAGGUCAUCUACUACCCCGUAAACGAGCCCUCAAAAAAGCGCACCGUCAAUACCACUCUCACUAACAUCACGGUCGAGGGACUGCGGGAAGGAACGGAAUACAUCUUUGAGGUCAGAGCUGGCUCACGUCUCGGCCUGGGUCCGCCCGCCGUAAAGAAGAAGAUUCUCAUAACCAAAGAAGAACUGUUCACGUGGGAGGUGAUCGCGGGUAUCGCGGGCGCAGGUGGUGUCUUGUUUAUCUUCAUGGUGAUCAUCAUUAUUAUCUGCAUCCAUCACAAGAGAAGAGAUCGAUGUAAACACCUUCCAGAGAGUCAGCACAUUCUCGAGUUGGGGCAAGACAUGUUGCCUAGCAACGGACAAAAGAUGUACAUUGAUCCCAGUAACUAUGGGGACCCAAUGGAAGCGCUGAUGAGUAUCGCUGACGAGAUCGACCGAGACAAGAUCAAGUUGGACCGCAUGAUCGGCGGAGGAGAAUUUGCAGAGGUGUACGAAGGACGUAUGAAAAGUGAGAGUGGCUUAGACAAAGUCGCUGUGAAAAUCCUCAAAGCCGGCUCGUCGCGUAAGACGCGCGAUGACUUCCUUUUGGAGGCUUCCGUCAUGGGGCAGUUUAAGCACACCAAUGUGAUCGCGCUCAAGGGCGUGGUCACCAGGAGUCGGCCCAUGAUGAUCGUCACUGAGUUCAUGGAGAACGGCUCGCUUGAUCACUUUCUCAAGAGUAACGAUGGCCGACUGACGGUGUUCCAGCUGCUCGGCAUGGCACGCGGAGUAGCGGCGGGAAUGGAUUACUUGUCCAGCAUUAACUUUAUUCACAGAGAUCUGGCUGCACGUAAUAUCCUAGUGUCCGAGAACAUGACCACUAAGGUGUCUGACUUUGGUCUGUCACGUGAGUUGGACGACCUGUCCGAUAACCCAGACUCUGAGUACCAGACCCAGGGAGGCAAGAUACCUGUGCGAUGGACUGCACCGGAAGCGAUCAAGUACCGGAAGUUCAGCUCGGCAAGUGACGUUUGGAGCUAUGGAAUAUUGCUAUGGGAGAUUAUGUCGUUCAGUGAAAGACCGUACUGGGGUUGGGACAACUUCCAGGUGAUGGAGCGCGUGGAAGGUGGAUAUCGACUGCCUUCUCCCAUGAAUUGUCCCAAAAUAGUCCACAACUUAAUGCUGGAUUGUUGGCACAAGGACAAGUGCAAAAGGCCAAAGUUCGUGGACAUCGUCCAACGCAUUGAGGAUCUGAUCCGCUCACCCGAGAAGCUCAAUGACGGGUUUAUUCAUGCCUACUCAUUCAGUAAAAACGACACGCCCAAUUUCGACGAGGUAGUGUCUAUAGAGGAGUGGCUAGAGAGUAUCAACAUGGGGCGGUACGUGAACACUUUUAGUAACCAGGGCUACAUGAACCUUGACCAAGUGCGAAGGCUCGAGGAAGACGACCUGUCGAGGCUCGGAAUCAAGCUAAUCGGGCACAGGAAUAAGAUUAGUAAGAGCAUCAAGGCGAUGAACAAACACUUUGAGGCAACGGCCGGCGACAGGAACUCGUAGGAAGCAGCAUAGCUACGGGUGGAGAAAAGUGAGCGGGUACCCUGUGUUAACCGCGGUGGUGCGUUAGAGGAUGCCGUUACCCUGCGUGACUCGCGCGAUUCACGAUCCUUUUCCCGCCUCAGCGUGAGCAUCACAUGACCAUCGAGGGAUUUCCAUUGCUGGCAAUCUCGCGUUGUCCGCUGGUGGCAAAAGCGGGCUCAGUAAUGUUUCCCGACUCAACUUGAGACAUCACGUGACCUUCUCGACAUGACCACUGAUUGGGAUGGUGGGCUAAGUGUUUGGAGGUGUCAAUAGCAACAGACGAGAGGACUAGCGAAACAAAGUGAAGUUUUGCUCUUCCAUAGGAAAGGAUAGAAAUACCCCCAGAGGCACAAGAAUUUAUAUCCUUUGGUGGAGGUGAUGAGGGAUGGAAGUAGGAUGUUUACUGUAUUGAGAGGAUUUCAAAAACAAGGGUUACGGUUUCGUCUUAAUCAGGUUUAAGACACGGUCGCGCCUCGUGGAACAUUCAGACUUACGCUGAGCUACUUUAACUUAAAGAUGCCAUAGACCUGAUAAUAAAGGUUUAGACUGAUGGAAGAUGAUGUAACUGACUUGUUAAUGGAGGUCUAAAAGGCUGACAUCAAGAUGUCAUUGACAUGUUAUUAUUAAUGGGAAGAUGGCAAACGUCACUCAUAAUCUACCGGUUGCCCAACCUCGAGUGUGACACAAAAUACGCAAGUCAAGCUGUAAUGGCAAUUAGCUCAAAGGAGAUGAUGGAAAUUUCCAUGAACAUAUUUGAGCAAAAUAUUGAUUGUUUAGAAAACUCUACGCAAUCUAAUUCUAAAGACAAUUUGGAAAGUUCAGUUGGAUAGUUUUGUAAAUAAGCUAGGUGGAGGGGUAGGUGGUAUAGUGAUGUGAGGAACCAAAGCAUGCACGGUUCUAUGGUUGAUAGAAAUAGGAUUUAGGAACUACUUGAAUUGGAGGACUAAUAGAGUGGAGUAUAGGAAAUGACUUGAGUGAUAUUAAUGAAAUGCGAUAAAUAUGUUUGGCAUAAACACAACCAAAGAGAUGUCGUGGGUAAUGUGACGACGCAACUCAACUCACUGAGAAUUCACGGAGUUUAUGCAAAAAGAAUCUGAUGGAAUUUCUCCGUCUAGAAUUGUAGUCCUGUACCCACUGUGAUCACCAAGGCAAGUUUGUACAAAAUAUUUGACUCUGGAAUUGAAUAGAAAAUUAUUUUAUUAGGAAUUAAAGUUUGAAUAGUUUGUAAGAUAUCUUUUCAGAAAAUAUAGAUUCUAGAUAGAUAGGAGAGUAAUAAAAUUGAAAUAUGAAUAAUGUUUGGUGUAAAAUGCUUUUAUUUUUUCGAUAAAGCUCGAUAAAUGUCUAAAUGCCCACGUGGGCGGCAAAUGUGCAACCGAAAUGAUGCAAAUAAAGAUUCUGUUUGUAUAACAAA